AUGGCCAAUCAAAGAUCCUUUCUUUUUAGGAUGGCUCUCUUCUCCAAAGUGAGACCACUUCCCUGGGGUGCUAGCCAGCCAAAAGGUUGGCUUUGGGCAUUUCUGGGCACGGCAUGUGAGGGAAAUAUCCCAGAUGUUGUGACUGAGGAGAAGCAAAGAGAAAAAACAAACUGGAAGGAGGAAUCAAGCCAAAAUCUUGAUUUUUGGAGGAAAAGGUUAGCAGAUCAGAUGCUACCCUUGUGGAGACUGAACUAUGCGGAACAACUGAAGGUGAAAUUUGAAAGUUUGAAGAAAAAUCUGGAGACGUUAGAAACUCGUCUCCGCAAGAUUGGUGCUGGUGUUCCUGAGCAGAGGCUGUGUUCUCUUCUCCACCCUUUUAUCCCUUCUCCCAUCAUUGAUGGUUACAGAAAUAAAUCUUCUUUCUGUAUAAACCAAGGCCCAGAUGGCAACCUAGAGACUGUGGGGUACUACUUGAAGUCUUGGGGAGGGUCGAAUAUUUUCUGCGUACAACCUAGCCAUCUGAAAGAUAUUCCUGAAAAGCACAAUCAGAUAGCUCAGUGCUUUGAAUUAUUUCUGCGGCAGUCCAAACUGAGUUCCUACACUGAUUCUCGAAAAGGGGGAUCCUGGCAUGAACUCAUAGUGCGCACUACAUUCCUUGGGCACACAAUGGUCAUUCUCAUCUUCAAUCCCCAGGAAUUAAGUCAGGAGGAGUUCUGUGUUCAGAAAGAAGAAAUAAAGGAAUUUUUUUCCACGGGGCCUGGAUCUGUGUGUGACUUGACUUCACUAUAUGUGAAAGAAAGGACCCCUCGCCACCAACAGCCGACUCCCUUCCAGCUUCUUGCUGGAGAGCCUUAUAUCUUUGAAGAAAUUCUGGGCUUGAAGUUUCGAAUCUCUCCAGGAGCUUUUUUUCAGCUUAAUACAUCUGCAGCAGAAGUUCUCUACCGAACGGUGGGAGAACUGGGUAGAGUGAACUCCAACACUGUCAUCCUUGAUCUUAGCCAUGGAACUGGUGCCACUGGCCUUUCCCUAGCUCAGCAGACCUCGAAGGUCUUCAGAAUGGGCCUUGUAGGGGAGGCACUAGAGGAUGCUAAAUGGACUGCUGCCUUCAAUGGCAUCACCAACUGGGAAUUCUGUCCUGGCAAUGUGAAAGAGACCAUGUCGCAGAUUUUAGAGUCCCAGGAGGACAGUUGGUCAUUCAUGGCUUUGGUGGACCCAUCUCAAUGUGGAUUGAGUAACAGAGUGGUUCAGGACAUUCGAAACUGCAAAGCCAUCCAGACACUGCUUUUUGUCUCCUGUAGGCCCUAUGGUAAAUCCAUGGAGAACAUCAUUGAGUUGUGUCGGCCCCUGGAUCCGGAGGGGAACCUCCUUGGAGAGCCUUUUGUCCUGAGACAAGCUGUGCCAGUAGACAUGUUCCCCCACUCCCUCCAGUGUGAACUGGUAUUUCUCUUCACUCGGUGAUUAGCUCUUAGAAGAUCACAGACUGUCAGUUAAGGACAGAAUGUCAGCAUACUCAGGAGAGCUUGUUGGCUUCUUUGCCAUCCCUGUCCUUGGCUAUACCUUGAGAAUACAACUAUUGUUACCUCCUCUAAGAAGAAAGGAUAUUUGAAGCUUCCUUUCUGAGGCUUUAUUCCUUUAUCUUGCCUCUGGUACACUGAUGAUGGCUUAAUUAUUUUUGCGUUUCCCUCUUUCCUUAUCUUGUAUCUAACACAAUGCUUUGUACAUAGUAGGCCCUUAAUAAAUGGUUAAUUGAAUAAAUUGCACGUUAACUGCUUA